AUGUGCUCCAGGCGUUUAGACUGCAUUUGGUCGGCGAUCCGUACGUACAAACAUGUCAAUUGCUGCAGCAUUCAAGGAUCAGGAAAUUUUCGUGACUGGCGGCACGGGUUUCGUGGGCAAGGCGCUGAUCGAGAAGCUGCUGCGCUCCUGCUACACACUGGGCAAGAUCUAUGUGCUGAUACGGCCCAAGAAGGGCGUUGCCAUCGAGCAGCGCCUGGAGGCGUUGCUCAAUUGCAAGCUGUACGAGCGAUUGCGGCGCGAGCAGCCCCAGACGCUGGCCAAGGUGGUGCCCAUUGCCGGGGAUGUUAUGCAGCUGGGCCUGGGCAUCAGUGAGCCGGACUUGGCACGUUUACGGAACGUGAACAUUGUCUAUCACUCGGCGGCCUCUGUUCGCUUUGAUGAUCCGCUGCGUUCGGCCAUUUUGAUGAACACACGCGGCACCCAUGAGCUGAUCAAGCUCGCGUUGCAAUGGAAGAAACUGAAGGCCUUUGUCCAUGUGUCCACCACAUACUCGAAUCCCACCGAGCUGGAGGUUGAGGAGCGCAUCUAUCCACCCUAUGCGGAUUGGCGCACCACCAUCAAACUGGCCGAGACCUACGAUGAGGAAACCUUGGAUGUUUUCAAUUUGAAGUAUAGCAGCUUCCAGCCGAACACGUACACCUUCACCAAGAGUCUGGCCGAGCAUGUGGCCAACGAUUAUAAGGAUCAGUUGCCAAUUUUAAUAUACCGGCCCUCAAUCGUGAUCUCGACGAUAGAGGAGCCCGUGCCCGGCUGGGCGGAUAACUUUAAUGGACCCACCGGCAUGCUGGUGGCCUGUGGCGUUGGCAUUUUGCGCUCCCAGAACUGCGAUCCCUAUAUUGUUGCCGAUUUCGUGCCCGCCGAUGUGGUGGUGCGCGGUCUCAUCAUAGCCGCAUACAAAUAUUUAAAGCAGGCCCCGGCCAAGGGCAAGCCCAUCGAUGUGGUCAAUUGUGCCACGGCCAACAUAUCGCCCAUUACCAUGGGCCAGGUGAUCGAUAUCGGCAAGCGGUACAUUAGGCAGAAUCCCUUCGAGCAGACGCUCUGGUUGCCAGGCGGCGGCAUCACCCUGUGCCCGGUCCUGCAUUUCGUGAGGUUCAUAACGAUGCACAUCAUGAUGGCCAUUGUGGUGGACACCUUGCUGCGGCUGACCAACGAGAAGCCAUUCCUGCUGAAGCUACAGCGGCGCAUUUUUGCCGCGUUCCGUGCGGUCCAGGUCUUUGCCACCACCGAGUGGCAUUUCGACAACGAGAACUUCAAGGCAUUGCAUGCCGUCGUGCCCGAGAAUGAAAUAGCCGUCUUUGGUUUCCUACAGCACUCGAACAUCAACUAUGUGGACUUCUUUCAGAAUGGAAUACGCGGCGCUAAGGAGUUUCUGAUGAACGAGAGUCCCGAGAGCAGCAGUAAGGCGCGUCUGCGCAUCAAGAUCUUCUAUGUUUUGGAUUAUUUGUGCCGUGCCAUUGUUUAUGGCUUUCUGAUACGUCUCAUUUAUCGAUUCGCUGUGCGCCUUUUCUUCUAAUAACAUAUGCUAUAUUGUUUG